AUGAAGGCCAUGGGAGUGCUCGUGGUCCUUGCCUCCUGCUCGCCCACCCACAGCAGCUUCUGGCAGUUUCAAAGGAUGGUCAGACACAUCACAGGGCGGAGUGCCUUCUUCUCGUAUUACAGAUAUGGCUGCUACCGUGGGCUUGUCGGGAGAGGAACCCCUGUGGAUGACACUGACAGGUGAGCGCAGAGGCCCCAAGGUCCCCUUCCCUUUGAUACGCUGAAGCAGCUCGGCUGCCAACCGGUGCUGAACAGCUACCAGUUCCAGGUCGUCAACGGGACUGUGGUCUGUGAAUGUUCCCCCAGUCCAGGGGUUGGCUGCCUCCGUGGGCUAAGGGCCUGUGAAUGUGACAAGCAGUCUAUGUACUGCUUCAAAGACAGCUUGCCCACCUAUGAGAAAAACUUCAAGCAGUUUUCCAGUCGGCCUGUUGUGGCAGGCGUAAACUGCAGUGCUAGGGGGACACCGGUCACCUGCCCAGUCAGCAUCUGCUCCAGUGUCACCUUCCUAGAAGUCUGCUCAUGUCACCCCCGGCAGACUCAGUUCCUGAAGCUCAUCCCACAGCAUCUGGCCUGGGGUACUCCUCUGACACACAGCAUUAGGGGGCUGGAGAUCAGCAAUGGAAAAGAUAAAUCCUGGCCUAUGGAUGGAGACAGACCAUAAAUAUAUACAUAAGUAAACCAUCCAGUCCAAUAGUAGUAAGUGCUAGGAAGCAACAAAACAAGGUGACAGGGUGAAGAGAUGUCCCCAACCCCCAUCCCAGGAAAUCCCCAGGAUCUACCCUAAAUUCUCCCUCCACUGCCACCCAAAAUCAGGAUGCAGGGCCAACCUGGGAACCGGGCCCACACCCAGAUCUCACUGGAAGGAAAGCAGAGAUCGUGGAAAACAAGGUCUUGGCACACACACCAAGGACCCAAGAGGCCCGCUUAGAUUUUGUUUCUUAUUCGCUCGAGCUGAUCUCUGAAAACCCUCAGGUAGGAGCAAACUGAAGCCAUUCCUCCUCUCAGAAGUCAGAGCACGUGACCAUCAGCACCUGCCACUGCCCCAUGGGUGUCAUGACCAGAAGGAAAUACAAAAAUGGAGAAAGAGGGUCUGGGAGAGGGAAUCAGAGGUAUCCAAAAAUCUCCAUCCAAAUUUAGAAUCCCCUGGUUAUAUCAGAUUUAAAUUCUAAUAAAUACUAAAGUGAUCUACCCUGGGUGGAUUCUGAUCUUUAUAAUGCUCAACUCUGUAUAGUAGAUUGCAAAAAUAGACACAGUUUUUCCUACCUCUCUGUAGCCGCUCCUUUCAUGAUGUAAUGCUCAGCUUUUCCUAUCAAGAGGUAGAGUCUAUUUUUCCCACACCUUGAAUCUGAACUCUGAACUGGCCUUGUGAAUUACUUUGGUUGAGAGAAUGUAGUGGCACAUGUGGACGGUCCACCAGUUCCUGAGCCUAGGCCUCAAGAGGUCCAGUGCACUUCCCCUCUCUCGGGAUGCCUGCCUCCACCAGGAGAAGAAACCAGGGCUAGCGUGCUGGGGGAUGAGAGCCCUCCUGGAGCAGAGCCCAUCAGCCCAGUUGUCCCAGCUCAGACCUCAGACGUGGGAGAGCGCUCAGCAGAGAUCAGCGAGCCGACCACAGACACGCAGAGGAGCUUAGCUGAGACCCGGACAACCACCCGACUGAGCCCAGGCCAACUGCCACCUUGCGGAAUCAUGAGCUAAUUUAAACAAAG